CUGUCCCUCACGUGUCUCACCGGUCCCACCUGUGCGCAGGUAAGCUGCAGGCGCUGGACGUGCUGCUGCGGCGGCUGCGGGCGGGCGGGCACCGCGUGCUGAUCUUCACGCAGAUGACGCGCAUGCUCGACGUGCUGGAGCGCUUCCUCACCUUCCACGGGCACAUCUACCUGCGCCUGGACGGCUCCACCCGCGUCGAGCAGAGACAGGCGCUGAUGGAGCGCUUCAACGCCGACAAGCGAAUCUUCUGCUUCAUCCUGUCGACGCGCUCGGGCGGCGUCGGCGUCAACCUGGCCGGGGCCGACACCGUGGUGUUCUACGACUCGGACUGGAACCCCACCAUGGACGCGCAGGCCCAGGACAGGUGUCACCGCAUCGGCCAGACCCGCGACGUCCACAUCUACAGGCUGAUCAGCGAGCGCACGGUUGAGGAGAACAUCCUCAAGAAGGCGAACCAGAAGCGGCUGCUGGGGGACAUGGCCAUCGAGGGCGGCAACUUCACCACGGCCUACUUCAAACAGGUGAGCGCCGCAG